CAACUCGUCGCACCUCGUUCCCUUUCGUCCAUACACCUUUCGUCUCGCCGCCGGUCGGGGUCCCGCUCCGGCUAAGCCAGACUAAUGGCCACCGCCGCCGUCCCCAACGGCCACCCCUCCGCCGCCGGCGACGAUAGUCCUCCGCCCCCACCGCAGUCCUCGUCCUCGUCCUCGUCCUCGCUGGUGUUUCUGGGCACGGGCUGCUCCAGCGCCGUCCCCAACGCGCGGUGCCUGAUUCAGCCCUCCGACCCGCCCUGCGCCGUCUGCUCCCAGUCCCUCUCCGUGCCCCCGGAGCUAAACCCCAACUACAGGUGUAAUACUUCUCUUCUGAUUGAUUAUUGCCAAGAUGAAGGUGCACACAAGUAUAUUAUAAUUGAUGUUGGGAAGACAUUCCGAGAACAAGUUCUGCGGUGGUUUGUUUGCCACAAAAUCCCCUGUGUUGAUUCUAUUAUUCUGACUCAUGAGCACGCAGAUGCAAUCUUGGGACUUGAUGAUAUUCGGGUUGUACAGCCAUUUAGUCCUACAAAUGAUAUUGAUCCAACCCCUAUUUAUCUCUCCCAAUAUGCCAUGGACAGCAUUUCCCAAAAGUUUCCAUACUUGGUCAAAAAGAAACUAAAGGAAGGGGAGGAGGUCAGGCGGGUUGCUCAACUUGACUGGAGAAUAAUUGAGAGUGAUCUUCAGAAACCGUUUACUGCCUCAGGCCUACAGUUUGUUCCCUUGCCGGUGAUCCAUGGAGAGGACUACAUUUGUCUGGGUUUCCUUUUCGGAAGAAAAUCUAAAGUUGCUUAUAUAUCCGAUGUUUCACGGUUUCCUCCUAGCACAGAAGAUGCAAUUUCAAUGUCUGGAGGGGGGCAGCUAGAUUUGCUCAUCUUGGACUGCCUAUACAGGACUGGUUCUCAUAACGUGCAUCUUUGUUGGGAUCAGACUCUGGAUGCUAUUAAGAGGAUAUUCCCCAAGAAGGCAUUGCUCAUUGGGUUGACUCAUGAGAUGGACCAUCACAAGGACAACCAGACACUGGAAGAAUGGUCCAGAAGAGAGGGGAUUGAUGUGCAGUUAGCUCGCGAUGGCUUGCGUGUCUACAUUGAUCUGUAAACGUGUUGAGGACCAUCGUCGAAGCAGCGGCCUGCACCACCCAGUUUGCAGUUGCUGUUACAAUCCAGCCCCUAUCGAGAAGAAAAUGGAGGAGACAUCAAAUGUUUGUGCAUUCAAAAUGAUUGAAUCAUUUACAAACCGGAUUCAAAAUGAAUAACAAGCAAGAAAUACCUCGCAGAUUCUGUUUCGAUUUUAUUUGGGUAGUCCCACGUUUGAAUGUUCUCAUUAUCUAGAGGCUUCCUACACCGGACACAUCUUGGUGCAGACGGUACAACGAACACUCGACUCAUCAAAGUUUAGAACGCAGGAAAAUAGAAAACCAUAGAAUGUAUCUUGGUUUCUUGUAGGAACCAAGACCAUAGGUGGACUUGUGAGACACAAAGAAAGGAAAAAAAAACAUGAGGCAAGACCUCAUGUUUGGUUCCCUCUGAAAUUCAAUUAAUCUAAGGAAGAAGACGACCAA